CACACAAUGACAGUCCCAAUACCAGAUCUGACAAUCGGCGUGCUCGCCCUCCAAGGCGCUUUCAGCGAACACAUCCAGCUCCUCCGCCAUGCCUCCACGUCGCUCCCCACCAACCUCAAAUGCGCAUUCAUCGAAGUCCGAACGCCCUCCGAACUCGCCCAAUGUGACGGUCUGAUAAUCCCCGGCGGCGAAAGCACCGCCAUGUCCCUGGUCGCGGCGCGCUCCGGACUUCUCGAGCCACUGCGCGACUUUGUGAAAGUGCUCCGGCGCCCAACAUGGGGAACAUGCGCGGGCCUGAUUCUCCUCGCCGAGAGUGCGAAUCGCACAAAGAAAGGCGGACAAGACCUGAUUGGCGGUUUAGACGUUCGAGUAAACAGGAACCAUUUCGGCCGCCAGCAAGAAUCUUUCCAGGCAAACUUGGACCUCCCGUUUCUCGGCUCCACGGCAACGAUGGCGAAGGAGCAGCCAUAUAGGUGUGUUUUCAUCAGGGCGCCAGUCGUAGAGAAGCUAUUGCCGCAUGUGAAGGGCGAGCAGAAGGAGGAAGCAGACCUUGAUGCGACAAUUGUAGCGCCGAGUAAGACGCCUGUGGAUGAGUUCGCGAAGAAGGAACUGAAUGCGCAAGUCGAGGUCAUGGCCAGGCUGUCUCUGAAGAACCCGGGCCUACAAGAGAACCAGGAACAUGAACAUAAAGGAAAGGAAGACAUAAUCGCGGUACGGCAAGGAAAUGUGUUCGGGUGUAGUUUCCACCCUGAGCUUACAGAGGAUGCGCGAAUACAUGCUUGGUGGUUGGGCGAAGUUGUGAAAGCCGCUGAGAGGAGGAGGCAGUUCGAAUUGGUUGAUCGGACGAAGUGA